UUUGUUUAGCUGAGAUGGAACUCAACCAACCAUCAACAAACUCAACACUUGUGAAGUAAGAAAACGGAGGGAAAUUCACUACCCGAAAAAACAGACGAAAUGGCGGUAAUAAUAUCUAGCAACUUCUACACCAUUACCAAUCAUCCUCACCUCCAUAACCAUAUCCAAAGAACCUUCCAAAUUACCACCAAAAACUCCAAUCUCUCUCCUCUCCAUCAUCAUCAUCUUCAUCAUCGCAGAUUACGCGCAUCAUCAAAGCCAAGCGAUUACGAAGCAGAAGAACAACGAUGGCUUCGAGAAGAACAGAGAUGGUUACGAGAAGAACAACGAUGGCUUCGCGAAGAAGCUCGCUGGAACUCCGAACGACAAUCUUUGUUACGCCAGAUUUCUGAAUUAUCGCUUCAAAUCCAACAUUUGCAGUCGGAAUUGGAUGAUUUUCGUAAUAAUCGUUCGAAUUCUGCCGAUUUUGAGGUCACUACUCUGACUAAAAUGGCGGCUCUUUUGGAAGCUAAGAAUUCUAAUCAGAUUCUUGAUUUUUCUGGUAGUGAGUCGAAUUCUGAGGUAGAAUCUGUGAAUUUAGAUUCUGUUUCUGAUGUUUCGACUCUGAAUUCGCCGGAAAGUGAGAUGAAGGAGGAGACGAAGCCAUUAGAGAAGGCGAAAUCGAGUUUGAGUUCGAGUUGGAGUACGAGUUUGAGAAUUGGAUGCGAAGGUGAAGAAGUUCGUGCUAUGCAGGAUGCAUUGAUGAAAUUAGGGUUUUAUUCUGGGGAGGAGGACAUGGAGUUUAGUUAUUUCUCUACUGAUACUGAGAGAGCUGUUAAGACUUGGCAAGCUUCAAUUGGCAUUCGCGAGGAUGGAAUUAUGACUCUUGAGCUGCUUGAUCAAUUAUAUGCGCCUCAACAGAGUUCGAGUCCUAAAACACAAGUGAAGGCUGACAUCCCAAAAGACAACGCAAAUGGGGCUCCUAUCAAAGUCAAAGAAGUUGAGCGGACUGUUGUAAAGAAAGAGCCAACUGAUGUGGGUAUAUCUGAACACCGAGUAUUUCUUCUGGGUGAGAAUCGGUGGGAGGAGCCUUCCAGGCUAAAUAAAGGAAAUGAUAAAUUGGGUGGUGGAAAAAGCGCUCAAACAUCUGCACCAAAAUGCCUCAGUUGUCGAGGGGAGGGUCGUCUAUUGUGCAUGGAGUGUGAUGGAACGGGAGAUUCACAAGUCGAAGAACAGCAGUUUUUGGAUUGGGUGGACGGAGGAGCAAAAUGCCCAUAUUGUGAAGGCCUUGGAUACACGGACUGUGAUUUAUGUGAAGGGAAAGGUACUGCCUAGUUGCAGUAUGGAAUAUUUGGACCUUUGCUGUUUUGCCCAACCAGGUAUGCAUAAUUCUCGCAAAAUGUGCUGUUUUUGCUACUUCCAGAGUCUCAGUCCCGUAAAUAUAUCAUUGUAUGGGCUAACUACAAUAAGGAUUUUCCGUUAUAGCUUGUUAACUCCUAAGGUUUACACUUUUAUAACUCCCUGUACUGAUGUACCAAACUUUAUUAAGUCAUCAGCAGAAACUUUAUAUUACAGACUUACAGAGUCCGAUUCAGCCCAUCAAAGUAUUAAAUUAUACUCCAUAUGCCAUAGCCUGAUUUGAUGCAGCCCAUGACUACCAUUAGUGUUGUGAUUGGUGGAGCUUGGAGAAGAAAAAGAUACUCCCGCAGGAAAGAUGAACUAUAAAGAUAUGUAUGCCCGCAGAUGAACUGUUUGUGGGCGAUUUCCUUUUCUAUGCUCUGAGUUCUGAUGUUUUAAUAAAUCAUGUAAAACCAAACUUUAAUGCCUUUUACAUGAUAACGAUCUUAAGAUAAGUAUUUGACGUAAAGGGUUGUAUUUGACAUAAUUAGUGUUGAAGGUUAAGAAUCUCAGUCCUGAUAUUGUUCUUUCCA